AUGGAUGGAGACCGUCUAACGGCAGAAGAUUCGAGAGCUGUGGUAGAAAAGCUUCUUGUUUAUCAUCCACAUUGUGAAGAUAAAGUUGGAUCUGGUCUUGAUUCCAUUAUGGUUGAUCGACAUCCUGAAUACAGGCAUUCAAGGUGCCUGUAUGUUGUUAGAACCGAUGGUGGAUGGAUAGAUUUCUCCUACCAGAAGUGUCUUCGAGCAUACAUUCGAGAUAAGUAUCCAUCCUAUGCUGAAAGAUUUAUUCGAGAACAUUUUAAACGUGGUAGUGGUUGAUAUUUGUUAAUGCGGUUGCUGAUACCGGUCUUGAACUAUGAUUUUGGUGCCAGUGUAGACUGAUGUGUACUAAAAGAUUUGAAGUUUUCAUGCAA